GUGGUCAGUGGCGUGCGUCCGCCGCGGCGAGCGCCGGCGGCGGCGGGCUCGGCGCGGCUCGGCACCGUACGGCUCGCCUCCUCGCUUCUCGCUUCGGUACCGCUCGGCUCAGCACCCCGCUUCUGCUCCCGCACCCGCUCGCCAUGCCCGGCCCUUCCGCGGCGCCGCCGGCACGGAGCUCCUGAGCGGACGGCGUUGGCGUGUGCGCGGGGGACCGCGGCUCCGGUGCCCGCACCCGCCCGCCCGCCGCCGGGGCAGCCCGGCGGGCGCUGCCUGUAUGAGCGCGGCGGGUCCCUGAGGCGCGCGGACGGCGGCCGUCGGGGCGCGGCGCGGCGGGCGGAGGGGGCGGCACGGCGAUGGGGGCUCUCCCGGCUCUGCUGGGGGCCGCCUUGCUGUGGGCCGGCGUCGAGGCCCUCGUCAACCUCAAGUACUCAGUGGAGGAGGAGCAGAGGGCCGGCACGGUGAUCGCCAACGUCGCCAAGGACGCCCGGGACGCCGGUUUCGUGCUGGACCCCCGGCAGCCCGCCGCCUUCCAGAUGGUCUCCAACUCGGCCUCCCACUUGGUGGACAUCAGCCCCGGGUCCGGGCUGCUGGUGACCAAGCAGAAGAUCGACAGGGACCUGCUAUGCCGACAUAGCCCCAAGUGUGUCAUCUCGCUGGAGGUGAUGUCCAGCUCCAUGGAGAUCUGCGUGAUCAAGCUGGAGAUCAAGGACCUAAACGACAAUGCGCCCAGCCUCCCCACCGACCAAAUCGAGCUGGAGAUCUUGGAGACAGCCAGUCCUGGCACCCGAGUGCCACUGGAGAGUGCCUAUGACCCGGACUCGGGCAGCUUUGGUGUGCAGAGCUAUGAGAUCACCCCCAAUGACCUCUUUGGGCUGGAGACCAAGACACAGGGUGAUGGAUCUCAUUUUGCUCAGCUGGUGGUGGAGAAGAGCCUGGACCAUGAGACCCAGUCCCACUACAGCUAUGUGAUCAUGGCACUGGAUGGUAGUGACCUGCCUAACUUUGGCACAGUGGAGCUCAGCAUCCACGUCAUCGACUCUAAUGACAACAAUCCUCUCUUUGAGGAGCCAACCUACACUGUCAGCAUGCCUGAAAAUACCCCUCCAGGGACACCAGUCAUUUGCCUCAAUGCCUCUGACCCAGAUGAGGGCACCAAUGGCCAGGUUCUCUACUCUUUCCACAGUGUCUCUGAGCAGGCCCAGGAGCUCUUCCAAAUUGACCCCCAGAGUGGCCUCAUCACAGUGAGCAGUGCCAUCGACUAUGAGGAGGGUCAUGUCUAUGAGCUGGACGUGCAGGUCAAGGACUUGGGGCCUAACUCCAUCCCCGCCCAUUGCAAAGUGACCAUUAGUGUCCAGGAUGCCAACGACAACCAGCCCCUCAUCAACCUGCUCUCUGUCAACAGUGAGCUGGUGGAGGUGAGCGAGAACGCCCUGCUGGGGUACGUCAUCGCCCCGGUACGGGUCUCGGAUCGUGACUCUGGGGCCAACGGGUGGGUGCAGUGCAAGCUCCUGGGCAAUGUGCCUUUUCGACUCCAGGAGUACGAGAGCUUCUCCACCAUCCUGGUGGAUGGGCGGCUGGACCAGGAGCAGAGAGACCAGUACAACCUCACCAUCCAGGCUAGGGAUAAUGGCAUCCCUUCCCUGCAGGCCACCAAAUCCUUCACUGUCAAGAUCACCGAUGAGAAUGACAACUAUCCCCAUUUCUCUAAGCCCUAUUACCAAGUCAUUGUGCAGGAGAACAACACCCCAGGGGCCUACCUCCUCUCAGUCUUAGCCAGAGACCCUGACCUGGGCCUCAAUGGCAGUGUGUCCUACCAGAUCGUGCCCUCCCAAGUCAGGGACAUGCCUGUUUUCACCUAUGUCUUCAUCAACCCCAAUUCUGGAGAUAUCUAUGCUUUGAGGUCCUUCAGUCAUGAACAGACCAAGGCCUUUGAGUUCAAGGUCUUGGCAAAAGAUGGGGGUAAUCCUUCUCUGCAGAGCAAUGCCACUGUCAGGGUGAUUGUCCUGGACAUCAAUGACAACAUGCCUAUGAUCACGGCCCCGCAGCUGGUCAAUGGGAGGGCAGAGGUGUACAUCCCCAGGAAUGCGGGGAUUGGCUACUUGGUGACAGUGGUCAAGGCAGAUGACUAUGAUGAGGGUGAAAAUGGCAGACUUUCCUAUGAAAUGGUGGAAGGAGACAGAGGAUUUUUUGAGAUCGACCAAGUCAAUGGAGAGAUAAGGACCACUAGAGCCUUUGGGGAGACUGCCAAAACAGCCUAUGAGCUCAUUGUGGUGGCUCAUGACCAUGGGAAAACAUCUCUCUUGGCUUCUGCGUUGAUUUUGAUAUACCUGUCUCCAGCCCUGGAUGCCCAGGAGUCCAUAGGAUCUGUUAAUCUCUCCUUGAUUUUCAUUAUUGCCCUGGGGUCUAUUGCAGCCAUUAUUUUUGUCACCAUGAUCUUUGUGGCAGUCAAGUGCAAAAGGGAUAACAAGGAAAUCAGGACCUACAACUGCAGAAUCGCAGAGUAUUCCUACGGGCAUCAGAAGAAAUCAAGCAAGAAGAAGAAGAUCAGCAAGAAUGAUAUUUGCCUGGUACCGCGGGAUGUGGAGGAAAUGGAUAAAAUGAAUGUUGUGAGCUGUUCCUCUCUCACUUCCUCCCUCAACUACUUCAACUACCACCAGCAGACCCUGCCGCUGGGUUGCCGCCGCUCUGAGAGCACCUUCCUCAAUGUUGAGAGCCAGAACAACAGGAUUGCAGGCUCCAACCACAUCUACCACCACACCUUCAUGGGGCAGAGCCCCCAGCAGCCCGACCUCAUCAUCAAUGGGAUGCCGCUGCCGGAGACUGAAAACUACUCCUUUGAUUCCAACUACGUGAACAGCAGAGCUCAUUUAAUAAAAAGGUCCACAUUCAAGGACUUGGAGGGGAACAGUCUGAAGGACAGUGGCCAUGAGGAGAGUGACCAGACAGACAGUGAGCAUGACAUGCAGCGGGGCCUCUACUGCGACAUGGCUGUCGAUGUGCUGAAGACCAGCAUCCCCUCCAUGGGGUCCCAGGGCCCCAAGCAAGGUGAGCCAUUGCUGUGCCCUGGGGGCGUGCCCACUGCCCCCCCACAUGCCCCAUCUGGUGGCUCUGGUGCUGCCAUAGUGGGUGUGCAGUGGAGAUGCUUAUUGCCUGCUGGGGAUAAUGCCAUACAUCAUCAGAGUGCUGGGUAGAUAUAAAUAAAUCUUCAUGCCACGCCUGUCAGGUAAGUGAGCAGGUGGGAUUAUCCUCUAUUCACAGGCAGAAAACCCAAGGCCCUGAGCAUCUGCCUG